AUGGCUCACAGCAACGUUUGGAACUCCCACCCUAAGACCUUCGGCAAGGGCUCUCGUCAAUGCCGUGUCUGUGCUCACCGUGCUGGUUUGAUCCGCAAGUACAACUUGAACAUCUGUCGUCAAUGCUUCCGUGAAUACGCCAGCGAUAUUGGUUUCCACAAGUAUCGUUAA